AUGGGUGGCUCACCUCCUUGCGGUGAUUCCAUCUGGUCUGUGAAGGACCAUCGACGACAGGCAGUAACCUCGAAGAAAUGGCCAUCGAAACCCGAGAACGAUUUCUCAAUCACUUUCUCGCCAGACGAUGCCAUCGGUGUCCAUUUACCUCACAACGACCCACUGCUAGUCGAGGUAGGAAUUGCGAAGUGUUACGUCGCUAAAUUGUUGAUUGACACAUGCAGUUCAGUCGAUUUAAUCUUUCAAGAUACGCUCCAUAAGAUGGGAGUCGACCUGCGCGACAUGAAACCAUCAUCUCCCUCCCUUACAGGAUUCAACGGUGCUUCCGAGACAAUGAUUGGUACAAUCAAACUCCCCGUCUAUGCCUGCGGAGUGAUACGCACGGUCAAAUUCUCAGUCAUCCGAACGAAAGCUCCUUACAACGCGAUCCUCGGAACCCCCUGGCUACAUUCUGUUAAGGCAGUGUCUUCGACAUAUCAUCAGUGCGUGAAGUUUCCAGGACCAAACGGUGAAGUGCAGACUCUUCGCAGAGACCAGCAGGCCGCUCGCGAGCUACUCAUUGCAACGGUGAAAAUGCAACAAUCAACUCCUCACAUCAACGCGAUAGCAAAGCAAAUUCAACCUCAGAAAGACGAGAUUUUAGAAGUCACCAUCGACGACUCUGAUAAGAGCAAAGUAGUCCGAGUCGGAGCCUUCCUCAACGAAGAGAUGCAACGCGCAAUCAUCGACUUUCUCAAGGAGAACGCUUCAACGUUUGCUUGGGCGACAUCGGAUAUGAAAGGAAUAAACCCCGCCAUCACAUCCCACGAGUUGAAUGUCGAUCCAACCAUCAAACCCAUUCGCCAGAAGAGACGAAAGCUAGGUCACGACCGAAGCAAAGCUGUCAAUGAAGAAGUUGAGCGACUCCUCACAGCUGGCUCAAUCACCGAGGUGCGAUACCCCGAGUGGCUAGCUAACCCGGUCGUCGUAAAGAAGAAGAACGGGAAGUGGCACGUUUGCGUCGAUUUUACCGAUUUGAACAGAGCUUGCCCAAAAGACAGUUACCCCAUCCCGCAUAUCGACAGACUCGUCGAGUCGACUGCUGGGAAUGAACUCCUGACUUUCAUGGACGCAUUUUCUGGUUACAAUCAGAUCAUGAUGCAUCCGGAUGAUCAAGAGAAGACGGCAUUCAUCACCGAUAGAGGGACGUACUGUUACAAAGUAAUGCCGUUCAGUCUCAAAACGCGGGUGCGACUUAUCAAAGACUCGUCAAUCGAAUGUUCGCCGACAAAUUAG